AUGGCCACACAUUAUAAGGGAGGGCUGUGGCUGUCGCCGUCGCCCUCUGGCACCCACCUCCGAAAUGGGGACUGCUUUCGUGUGUCUCUGGGCUGCCCGAAGAACACGGUGGACAGUGAGGUGAUGCUGGGCAACCUGGAGCGCUCGGGCUUCUCCGUCGUGGACGACCACGAGUCGGCCGACGCCAUCGUCAUCAACACCUGUGCCUUUGUCGAGGACGCCAAGGCAGAGUCCCUGGAUGCCAUCAUGGAGGCCACCCAGCUCAAGGCGGAGGGCGGCGCUGUCCAGCGAGUCGUCGUGACUGGCUGCCUGGCCCAGCGGUACGCCGAUGACCUGGCAGCCCAGCUGCCCGAGGUGGACUUGGUGGUGGGGUUUGAGCGAUAUGCCGACCUGGCGCAGAACCUGCACGACGUCCUGGGCGAAGCGGCGGGCGCCACGCAGACCGCGGUGCAGGUUGGCAGCCCCACAUUUUCGCCCUUUCCCGAGGAGACGCAGCGCCACCGCCUGACGCCCCGCCACACCGCCUACCUGCGGGUGGCGGAGGGGUGCAAUCACGCGUGCACCUUCUGCGCCAUCCCAGGUUUCCGGGGGCGCUUCAGGAGCAAGCCGCCGGGCCUGAUCCUGGAGGAGGCCCGGGCGCUGGUCGCGGGGGGCGCCCUGGAGCUCAACCUCAUUGCAGAGGACACCAAUCAGUAUGGCCAGGAUCGCCGCGGCGGGACCGGGUUGGCCGGCCUGCUGGCAAACCUGGCCGAGAUCCCGGGGCUCAGGUGGAUCCGCAUCCUGUACGCCUACCCCUCCUACUUCACCGAGGACCUCAUCCAGGAGAUCGCCACCAACCCCAAGGUUUGCAAGUACAUCGACAUCCCGCUGCAGCACAUCAACAACCUGGUGUUGCUGUCCAUGAACCGGCCGCCGGCGGACCACACGCUGCGCCUGCUGGGCACGCUGCGGGAUUGCAUCCCGGAUCUCGCGCUUCGCACCACCUUCAUUUCCGGGUUCCCUGGGGAGAGCAAGGGGGCACACGAGGAGCUGGCAGAGUUCUCCGACUCAUUUGGGUUCCAGAGGGGCGGCGCCUUUGCCUACAGCGAGGAGGAUGGCACCCCCGCCGCUGGCUUUCCUGAGCAGAUCCCCCAGGAAGUCAGAGAGGAGCGGCGGGAUGAGCUCAUGUCCAUCCAGCAGAGGAACAGCAUUGCGUUUGCCGAGAGCCUUGUGGGCAAGGAGAUUGAUGUGCUGGUGGACGGGAUCGGGGAGGGCGGGGAGCUGCUGGGCAGGACACAGUGGGACGCCCCCGAGGUAGAUGGCCAGGUGUACCUCCUCACCCCCCUUGACCCCGGCGUGGCCCCUGCCGAGGUCGGCCAGAUGCGGCGGUGCAGGGUGGUGUCCUCCUGCAUCAUGGACAUCGAGGCCGAACCCAUUGCCUGA